AUGGAGGGAAACGGGGGUCCAGACCCGGAGGAGGAGGCCCCCCCCGCGGGCCCCCAGAUGUCCCACUCCAUCACCAACUUCUCCAUCGACACCAUCCUGAGGCCGGACUUCGGCCGCCGGGACGCGGGCUGCGCGCGGCCGCGGCCAGGGGCGCGGGAGCGCGCGUUGGACGGGAAGGCCGUGGAACCGGGACGGGACCAGGACCAGGACCAGGACCGGGACCAGGACCCCGGGCUGGGACGGGACCCGGGCCCGGGGGAGGCCAGGCUCUGGCCGGCCUGGGUCUACUGCACCCGGUACUCUGACCGGCCCUCCGCAGGGCCCCGGUCCCGGAGGCCCCGGCGGGAGUCCGCGGGCCCGGUUCCCCGGGAGGAGAAGCGUCCCCGCACGGCCUUCAGCCCGGAGCAGCUCUCGCGGCUGCGGGCGGAGUUCCAGAGCGGCCGCUACCUCACGGAGCCCCGGCGCGGGGCCCUGGCCCGGGACCUGGGCCUGAACGAGGCCCAGAUCAAGGGGGACCCAAAGGACCCGGACGAUAGAGGACCUGGGGACCUGGGGACCCAGAACCUAGGACUCAAGAGGACCCGGGUCCCCAGAGGGGAGAAUUCAGGUCUUCUUCAGAGGCCUGGGACCCUGAAGACCCUGGCCUGGACCCAGAGGAUCCGGAGAACCCAGAGGACUCAAGACCCAGAACCUAGACCCAAAACCUAG